AUGUCAACAGAACCACCCGGUACCCCGGACCGCUCGGUGCUAGGCGAGUCCUGGGUUGUCGCAUCAACAACAUCGAUCAAGGAGCAUGACUCGCAUCCCACCCUUGAGAAAGACCCUUCGAGCCCGAGCCCGCUUCCCAGGACGGAGAGGAAGAUCGGCAAGCCGGCAAACAAGAACACGAACCUGGACCAUGACCAGGACCAGGACCAAAUCCCGGCCCAGCUAGCACAGUCGCUGACCUCGUCCUCCUCGUCAUGGACUACGCCUGGCCCGGAACUCGUCAUGCCGUCUAUCUAUGAGAUACCGGUCUCAGAGGCAUCAUGGGUCGCACCCAAUAUACGGCCCGCAGAAAAGAAAGCACCGCAGAUGAGGAAGCGGCGCCGGAUCGCGCGGAACGGGGAGCAGAUACAGCAGCAGCCCGGGGCUGCAGUUGGGAGCACUGGUUCAGCAGCUCCAGAUCAUAGAAAUAAGAAGCCAAGCGUGAUUGCAAGGCUCUCGUCGCUCUGUCGCGAGCAGCGCACGCUGCUCCUCACCGCGAUCAACGCGCUCCUCGUCGCCCUGAUCAUGCACCUCCUCUUUCUCCCCGAACUCAUCUACCAAGCACAGGGCCUCUGCGCCUUCCCAACGUUAAAAGCCCUCUACCCGGCUAGCUGCGUUCCUCUCGAAGCGCGAGCCCUGCCCUCCAACCCCUUCAAAUCCACAGCUGCUCCCAUCUCCCCCGAAGAAACCAUCAUCGUUGCGCAGAACAACCUCCAAUCCAUCUUCACCACCACCCUGUCCACCCUCACCCCGCUCUCGCACAUUCUCAAAGAAAGCGAGUCCAUGCUGUCCAACUUGCAGUCGGACCUGCAGACUAGCCUACCCGACGCACGCAACGCGCUAGCCCUCGAGUUCCAAGGCAGCAACGCCGCGCUGCGCGCCGCAGCGUGGGAGUUCGACUCGCUGCGCGCAGACCUGCGCUCCGCAGUUGACAGUCUGCUUGCGUCGCCCCUGGCCCUUGAGCCAGACAGUGCCGCGUCCAUUGCGCGCGAUACGAGGCUUGCGGCACAGCUGCGCCGGCGCGCCGAGUAUCUCGACCGGCUGCGGGCGCAGAUCGGGAACAAGGCUGAGUCGCUGGGCGAGCGGUUCGCCACGCUCGAUGACCACCUCGAGGCCGUUGAUGGGAUUGUAUCCCGAGAAGCGCGGCGGGCGUCGUUGCUGGGCGGUCCUGCAGUGGUACCGCGCGGUGAAGGCCUCCUGCACUUGCUUUCGAGCUAUGCCAGAUUCAGCGCGCGGCUGUUCGGCGCCGGCGCAAGCUCGAGCACGCGCGAGCGACCCGCAGGCCCAUCGUUUUCGCCUUCGCCUUCGUCUAGCGCAGACCCAGCACGGCCCACGAGCACCCUUGCAUUGCUGAGGCUGGCUGCGACGCAGCACCAUGCCGUGGCGGACGAGGUGUCCCGGCUAGCGAGGGCGCUGCGCGAUAAGCAGCGACCUCGAUUGGGGCCCACUUGGUGA